AUGGAAUUUCCUUCUUCUUUGACUAGUACUGAAAGAGCAUUUAUUCACCGACUCAGUCAGUCUCUUGGUCUGAUUUCGAAAAGUAAAGGCAAAGGAGCAAAUAGAUAUUUAACCAUUAAGAAGAAAGAUGGAUCAGAAUUGGCUCGUACUGUAAUGGCAUGUAGUUUGACACCCAAUACAAAGCAUGCAAUUAGAAGCCUAAUUCAGAGAUUUCCUGUGACCAAUAAAGAACGCACUGAACUUCUACCAAAAACAGAACGAGGAAAUGUUUUUGCUGUUGAAGCUGAGAACAGAGAAAUGAGUAAGACAAGUGGGCGACUUAACAAUGGCAUCCCUCAGAUUCCCGUGAAAAGGGGGGAAUCUGAAUUUGAUUCCUUUAGGCAAUCUCUGCCAGUUUUUGAAAAACAGGAAGAAAUUGUCAGAAUUAUUAAAGAAAAUAAAGUUGUUCUGAUUGUGGGAGAAACUGGAUCAGGAAAAACAACUCAGAUUCCUCAGUUUCUUCUUGAUGAUUGCUACAAAAAUGGAAUUCCUUGUCGCAUAUUUUGCACUCAGCCAAGACGUUUAGCAGCUAUUGCUGUGGCUGAAAGGGUUGCUGCAGAAAGAAGAGAAAAAAUUGGCCAGACUAUUGGCUAUCAGAUCCGAUUAGAAAGCAGGGUUUCCCCGAAGACGCUGCUAACAUUUUGCACUAAUGGUGUACUACUUCGCACGCUAAUGGCAGGAGACAGCACACUAUCAACUGUGACGCAUGUUAUUGUGGAUGAAGUACAUGAGAGGGAUCGAUUCAGUGAUUUCUUGCUAACAAAGUUAAGAGACAUAUUGCAAAAACAGACAACUCUGAAAUUGAUUCUUUCUAGUGCUGCCCUCGAUGUGAAUCUAUUUAUCAGAUAUUUUGGAAGCUGCCCAGUGAUACACAUACAAGGAAGACCAUAUGAAGUUAAGGAGAUGUUUCUUGAAGACCUCUUACGAAGUACAGGAUAUUCAAAUAAAGAGAUGGUAAAAUACAAAAAAGAAAAACUGCGAGAAGAGAAACAGCAAACAACUCUUACAGAAUGGUAUUCCGCUCAAGAUGACACUAGCAAACCAGAAUCUCAGAGACAGAGAACUGUUCCAAGUGUGGCUGAAGAGUAUGACUUGCUUGAUGAUGGUGGUGACACAGUAUUCAGUCAACUGACUGAAAAAGAUGUGAAUUGCCUGGAACCAUGGCUAAUAAAAGAAAUGGAUUCUUGUCUCUCUGAUAUAUGGUUGCAUAAAGAUGUCGAUGCCUUUGCUCAGGUGUUUCACCUUAUCUUAACUGAAAAUGUCAGUGUUGAUUACAGACACAGUGAUACCAGUGCAACUACACUAAUGGUUGCUUCAGGGAGAGGUUUCUUAAGUCAGGUAGAACAGCUCAUUGGAAUGGGAGCGAAUGUCCACAGCAAAUCAUCUAAUGGCUGGAUGGCUUUAGAUUGGGCUAAACACUUUGGACAGACUGAGAUUGUAGAUCUUCUGGAAUCUUACAGUGCUUCAUUAGAGUUUGGAAAUCUGGAUGAAAGUUCUCUAGUGCAAGCAAAUGGUGGUGACCUUAGUGCAGAAGACAGAGAACUAUUGAAAGCUUAUCAUCACAGUUUUGAUGAUGAAAAAGUGGAUCUGGAUCUGAUUAUGCACUUACUUUACAACAUCUGUCAUAGUUGUGAUGCAGGAGCAGUUUUAAUUUUUCUUCCUGGAUAUGAUGAGAUAGUUGGCUUGAGGGAUCGAAUUCUCUUUGAUGACAAGAGGUUUGCUGAUAAUGCUCACAGAUACCAAGUUUUUAUGCUGCAUUCAAAUAUGCAAACAUCAGAUCAGAAGAAGGUGCUAAAAACUCCACCACUGGGCAUUCGCAAAAUAAUUCUUUCUACUAAUAUUGCGGAAACUAGCAUCACAGUCAAUGAUGUUGUUUUUGUUAUUGAUUCUGGCAAGAUGAAAGAGAAGUCCUUUGAUGCGCUGAACUGUGUUACCAUGCUAAAAAUGGUGUGGAUUUCAAAAGCAAGUGCCAUCCAGAGAAAAGGCAGGGCUGGACGCUGUCGACCUGGAAUUUGUUUCCGACUCUUCAGCAGGCUGCGAUUUCAGAAUAUGUUGGAAUUUCAGACUCCAGAACUUCUAAGAAUGCCACUCCAGGAACUUUGUUUGCACACAAAAUUGCUAGCACCAAUUAACUGUCCAAUUGCUGACUUCUUGAUGAAAGCCCCAGAUCCUCCACCAGCCUUAAUUGUGAGAAAUGCUGUUCAGAUGCUUAAGACAAUAGAUGCUAUGGAUACCUGGGAAGAUCUCACGGAACUUGGUUAUCAUCUGGCUGACUUGCCUGUAGAGCCACACCUUGGUAAAAUGGUGUUGUGUGCUGUUGUUUUGAAGUGCCUGGAUCCUAUUCUUACCAUUGCUUGUACUCUUGCAUAUCGAGAUCCUUUUGUGCUACCUACACAGGCCUCACAAAAACGUGCAGCCAUGCUGUGUAGAAAACGUUUUACUGCAGGAACAUUUAGUGACCAUAUGGCACUUCUCAGGGCAUUCCAGGCAUGGCAGAAGGCACGAAGUGAUGGCUGGGAGAGAGCCUUCUGUGAGAAGAACUUUCUCUCUCAAGCUACUAUGGAAAUUAUCAUAGGAAUGAGAACACAGUUGCUUGGUCAGCUCAGAGCAUCAGGUUUUGUUAGAGCCAGAGGUGGUGGUGAUAUUCGAGAUGUAAACACCAACUCUGAAAAUUGGGCUGUAGUGAAAGGUGCUUUAGUGGCUGGGAUGUACCCUAAUUUAGUGCAUGUGGAUAGAGAAAACCUUGUAUUGACUGGCCCGAAGGAGAAGAAAGUGAGAUUUCAUCCUACCUCUGUUCUUAGCCAACCUCAGUAUAAAAAGAUUCCUCCAGCAAACGGUCAAGCUGCAGCAAUUCAAGCACUCCCCACAGACUGGCUUAUAUAUGAUGAAAUGACUAGAGCACACAGAAUAGCGAACAUCAGGUGCUGUUCAACUGUGACACCUGUCACUGUGUCCCUCUUCUGUGGUCCAGCUCGGUUGCCAAGUAAUGCUUUACAGGAGCCCUCCUCAUUUAGAGUGGAUGGUGUUCCUAAUGAUAGUAGCGAUAGCGAGAUGGAAGACAGAACUACUGCUAAUCUGGCUGCGUUGAAGCUAGAUGAAUGGCUACAUUUCAAACUGGAUCCUGAGGCUGCCAGUCUGCUGCUACAACUCAGACAGAAAUGGCAUAGUUUGUUUCUGCGUCGUAUGCGAGCUCCUUCUAAACCUUGGUCUCAAGUUGAUGAAGCAACUAUAAGAGCAAUUAUAGCUGUUUUAAGUACCGAAGAGCAGUCUGCAGGCUUACAGCAACCUUCAGGUAUUGGGCAAAGACCAAGGCCUAUGUCUUCUGAGGAACUUCCCUUAGCCUCUUCUUGGAGAUCAAACAGCAGUAGGAAAAGUUCAGCAGAAACUGAAUUCUCUGAUGACUCUUCUAAUGCUGAAAAAGUCCUAAUGAAAUCUACGUCUCCAGCAUUUCAUCCGCCACAGAAAUACAAAGAAAGAGGUAUCUUGCACUCUAAACGAAAUUCAGAUGAUAGGUCAGAUCAGUCAUCGGUGAAGUCCACAGACAGUAGUAGUUAUCCUAGUCCAUGUGCCAGUCCUUCUCCUCCAUCAUCUGGAAAGGGAUCGAAGUCUCCUUCACCUAGACCAAAUAUGCCAGUUCGGUACUUCAUUAUGAAGAGUAGCAACUUGAGAAAUCUUGAUAUUUCUCAACAAAAAGGUAUCUGGUCUACAACUCCAAGUAAUGAGCGAAAACUAAAUAGAGCUUUUUGGGAAAGCAGCAUGGUUUAUUUGGUAUUUUCAGUUCAAGGAUCAGGACACUUUCAGGGUUUUGCUAGAAUGUCUUCAGAGAUAGGACGUGAAAAAAGUCAGGACUGGGGCUCUACAGGCUUGGGAGGAGUGUUUAAGGUGGAGUGGAUCCGGAAAGAAAGUCUUCCCUUUCAGUUUGCACACCACUUACUCAACCCUUGGAAUGAUAACAAGAAAGUACAAAUAAGCAGAGAUGGCCAGGAAUUGGAGCCACAGGUUGGUGAGCAGUUGCUACAACUUUGGGAUCGUAUUCCUUUGGGAGAGAAAAACACAACUGAUUGACAGUAUACAGUAAUACAUUUGAGGUAGUAUACUAACACGUAAAGUCAUAUUUUUCUGGUGAUUAAUCAUCAGUAAUCUUUUCCUGGUCUUUAUAGUAUGUCUUUUCCCCAGUUUCAAAGGUAACUACCAGAGUAUAGAUUAUUUUAAUUUUGUUUUUCCUGGAAUUUAUAGCUUUGGAUGCUGAGAAACAUCUGUUUUAUAACCACUAGAACCAACACUGCUCAGCACCUGCACAAAUAGAAGAGGGAAAAGCCAUGUAAUGAAAUGGACUGUCGGAACUGAUACUAUUUCUCUAAAAUUAGCAUAAUAAAAAAGAACAGGUUUUCAGUAAACGCAUUUUGCUAGUGUGGUUUUGACCAAGUGAAAAAUGAUGUAUGUGUUACUUGUAACAUUCAGCGUGCAAUUUAUUUCUAAACACUUAAUUUUGAAACUUCAAAUAUUAAGUUUACAACAAUGGAGCAGACUGAAGUUGCUGGUGGAUUUUAAAUAUUACAGUAAGCAAUUAAAUAGACCCUAUUUUUUCAUAGCAGCUCAAGCUAAAGAUGGUUUUGGAGCAACUAAUGUACCGGUAAUAUUAAUCAGUUUUAGAAUUUAACAUUUUAUCGUUUAGUUUUUUAGGACAAAAUUUUCCAGAUAUAGAAAAAAUAGACAUAGUUGUUGAAGAUUUCUCAAUGAUGCUCAAGGGUCAUCAUUAUUUUUGAGGUACAGCAAAUAUAUGCUGACAAGUGAUUGGACUGAUGGUAUACCUCCUAGCUAAAUAAAAAUUGCAUUUAAAUGUGUAGCAUGAACAGAAAAAGAAGGUUCUCCCUUGCAUGAAGCUUGUUCCAGGGAGUUUCCAGUCACCACUAUCUUUGUAACCUGUGUACCCAUAAUUCUGUCUUCAUAAAAUGGAUACUCCCUUCCUUGCUGCUUGCUUUUCAUCUGGACAGCAAGUUGAUCAGUUUUUUUUUCAAAGGCUGAAGCCAAAUGCAAAAUCUUUGGUUUCCAACAAGUAGCAUCUUUUGAUCAAGACCUGAUUUUCUAAUUGCUCUCUUCCCUGACCUGCUCAUACGCUUUUUGUAUUGCUGUACAUGUAAAUAGGGACCCAUACUGUAUUACUUGACUUAAGGAUAUACAUGAAGUUCGUGCACUUCUUUGAUGGGCAAGAUAGAAGGCUAGCAGUUUAACAAUAUCUUUCACUGAACUUUAAGUUGAACAGAUAGCAUACUUUCCCUUUCUAUGCUCAUUAUUGUUUAGGGAAGAUAUGUAAUCUUAAAACUUUGGAAAGGACUGUACUUCUAUACAACAUUCACAAGAGGAAAAAAAUCAUGAGUGGCCUUUGCAGCGGGGAAAAAGAGUGAAAUAAGAAAAGCCUUCUGUUACCUGUGGGAACAUUGAUAUAUACAUCAACUAAGAUUAAAGCUAUUCUCUAUGCCAACUGA